CGCACAGCGCUGUGCCCCGCGACCCGAAGAGACUACAAACUCCAGAGCAACCUGCGGCCUCUCGCGCAGACGUCCGUAGUUGGAAAAUAGGAGGAGUAUCCCCCGACCCACCCGGAGGAGGGACGUGGCUGUCCGUGCGCCUCCCAUCUGCCGCUGAGGGUCGAGCCUGGGGUCUUGCCCCGCGGACCUUUGGGAAGACCCGGCCCUAACGCAAGGAUGAACUUGGAGCGGGUAUCCAACGAGGAGAAGCUGAACCUGUGCCGGAAGUACUACCUCGGAGGCUUCGCUUUCCUGCCUUUUCUCUGGUUGGUCAACAUUUUCUGGUUCUUCCGAGAGGCCUUCCUUGCCCCGGCCUACACGGAGCAGAGCCAGAUCAAAGGCUAUGUCUGGCGCUCGGCGGUGGGCUUCCUGUUCUGGGUGAUUGUACUCACCACCUGGAUCACCAUCUUCCAAAUCUAUCGGCCCCGCUGGGGCGCCCUUGGGGACUACCUCUCCUUCACCAUACCUCUGGGCACCCCUUGACGGCCUGUGCACAGGCCCGGGACCUGUUUCCUCCGCAGGAUGGGCUCGAAGCACGUCUCAAGCCCCAAAACUUGCUUCUGUCCUGACACCGCCCCCAAUAAAAGACCCUAACCUACCACAUUGACUCCCUGGGGUCUUCUGGAGGUUGAAGCACAAAGUGGUUAUGAAUAUUUGACAACAUGUAUUGAGUGCAUAUUUUGUAGCAGCCUUGGUACUUUGUACGUUGUGUGUGUGUGUGUGUGUGUUGCAUUGAAUACCACUCAAAGGAACUUUCUCUAUUCUGAAACAUUAGCUCUCAGAAAUAGGAAGUUUCCUGCCCAGGAAACCUGUUUUGCAGCUAAGGAGCCAAGAAAGGAACCCUGCUUGCAUUUCUGGGGUCUCCAGCCCUGAGCUCGUGGCUGUGCUGUUGGAAGCCUGAGUUUGUCUCUCCGGGCCUCCGUGUCAUCAGGGUGCAGAGCAGAUCACGAUGCUGCUCUCUGAGGUUUCUCUGGGCUGGGACGUGUGUGUGGUACAUGAAGUUCAUUCCCUGAGGGAGCGUUGUCUCCAGCAGUAGAAAUAUUCCAGAGCAUUUGCGACCAUCCUAUUUAAAAAUGUCAGCCCCUGAAGCCUGUGCCGUGGCGUAGCAGGUAAAGCCGCUGCCUGCAACGCCGGCAUCCGAUAUGGGCGCUGGUUCUCGUCCCGGCUGCUCCACUUCCUAUCCAGCUCUCUGCUAUGGCCUGGGAAAGCAGCAGAAGAUGGCCCAAGUGCUUGAGCCUCUGCUUCCACGUGGAAGACUCAGAAGAAGCUCCAGGUUUCUGAUUGGCCCAGCUCCAGCCAUUGCGGCCAUUUGGAAAGUGAACCAGCAGUUGGAAGUCUGUCUGUCUCUCUCUCCCUCUCUCCCUCCCCCCUGCCCCGCCUCUGCCUCUGCCUCUCUGUAACUUUGCCUUUCAAAUAAAUAGUAAAAUAACUCUUUAAAAACAAA